GCCAUGCAUCCACUACUACCAUCACAAGACAACCCAGAGCAAAAGACUCUGUUGUGGGACAUACCAUUAUAGGAACAACACAGACAUCGGCACAGUAAGAAGAGAAAGACCAUCAUGUUUAAUUUCUACACAUUUCCCCCGCCUCGGGCAGUAUUGGAUAAUACGAGCAAAACUUCUAGUAGAAAGACUAAGCCAACUGUCCCUUCUCAGAGCAAGAGAGGUCCAGCCGCACCCCGUCCCCGGGUAGUUGUGAGUAGAGAAAGCAAUAAUGGUUGCUGCUCAGUCGUUAUUACACAGCAUUAGCCGGAAGCUACGUGAAUGAUGAUGCGUGUCGCUUUUCUAUCCAGCCAGGAGCAAGUAGUCAUUAGCAGCAUUCUUUCCUAGCUCACUGCACUAGCCGGCACACCGCGGUGAGACACCGCGAAUCGGAACGUUCCACCUUAAGACGCUCCGGGGCGGCUGAAACUGGGCAGGGCCGCGCGGGGUGGGAUUUCCUGUUGUAGCAGGUCAGCUGUUCUCUCCCUGUCUGCCUCUUCCCCCCUCUCUUCUCUCCUUCGUGGAUCGUGCGGUCAGUGCCCCUCUCUCCCCCCGGUGCCUCUCUCUUGGGAUGUGACUAGUGAUGUGUAACCUACAGAAUGCCCAGCAGUACUGGAAAAAGGUUUAAACCUACCAAAUACAUCCCAGUCUCCACUGCAGCCGCCCUACUAGUUGGAUCUACCACUUUGUUUUUUGUUUUCACGUGUCCCUGGUUAACCAGAGAAAUAUCACCGGCCAUCCCUGUGUACAAUGGACUCGUGUUCCUGUUCGUUCUGGCAAACUUCAGCAUGGCCACUUUUAUGGAUCCCGGUAUCUUCCCUAGAGCUGAUGAAGACGAAGACAAGGACGAUGAUUUCCGAGCUCCACUCUACAAGAAUGUGGAGAUCAAAAGAAUACAAGUACGGAUGAAAUGGUGUGCCACUUGCCACUUCUACAGGCCGCCCCGUUGCUCCCACUGCAGUGUUUGUGACAACUGUGUAGAGGAUUUUGACCAUCACUGUCCUUGGGUGAAUAACUGCAUCGGGCGCAGAAAUUAUCGAUAUUUUUUCCUUUUCUUGCUGUCCCUGAGCACCCAUAUGGUUGGGGUUUUCUCCUUUGGUCUGAUAUUUGUUUUACACCAUUUAGAGGUGCUGGGAGAGGCUCACACUAGCAUCACAAUAGCGGUGAUGUGCGUAGCUGGCCUCUUCUUUAUUCCUGUUAUUGGUCUCACAGGUUUCCAUAUUGUACUCGUUGUACGAGGACGUACCACAAAUGAACAAGUGACAGGGAAGUUUCGUGGAGGAGUAAAUCCCUUCACUAGGGGAUGUUGUGGAAAUAUACAGCAUGUACUUUGUAGUCCUUUGACUCCCAGGUAUAUAGUCGAUCCAAAGAAGAGGCCUACUGUAGCUUUAAAGCCUCCUUUUAUCAGGCCAGAUGUGCUGUCUGAAAGGCAGAUAACAGUCAAGAUUAGUGACAAUGGAAUACAGGCCAAUCUGCAUCGCUCUAAGUCAAAGGGAAGCCUGGAAGGUAUUAAUGAUAAGUCCCUGGAACUCCAGACUAUGCUGCCAAAAGGAGACACCAGCAAAUACUCAGACAUGAAGGGGUCUGUGGUAACCAGUGAAGAAAGCAGUUUGUCUCCAAAAAUUAUAAACCCAUCAACUCCAGCAAUGUAUAAGUACCGACCACCUUUCAGCACCAACUCCAAAGUGCACUACCAUAUGGCAACUGAACAGAUUGCAGUUCAAGAAGGUCUAAAAGACAAUGUGUUCCUGGAAGAUGAUUGUCGGAGUACUGAUUUUCAGUCAGAGCCAAAUCUGGACAUCGCAGAGUACCGCAAGAACUCUCUUCACAAAUCCUACCAGCCCUCGCCUCUACAGAUUGACCACUUUACUGCAAACUCACGGUCCCUGAGCCUAAAAAACUCUGGCCGCCGUGAGUCUGAAAAAUUACCUUUACAGCUGGUAAAGUCAGAAGGUGGUACCAUAACACCAUACAAAAGCGUCUAUUCUACAAAUGCUUUGUCUAAUCGCAAUGGAAGCCUAUCUUAUGACAGCUUACUAAACCCUAUGUCUCCGGCAGCUAAAUGCACUACACACACUGCUGCAGGUUCUGUGGGUUACCACUCCCCAUAUAUGUCUGCCAAGAUGUGCCAUUUGCGAGGUGGAGAGCGGCAAGUAGGACAUGGAUUAAGCCCUAUGCUAAGCAGGGCAGCUGAAAAUCAACGGGAACCUUCUCCUGUCCGUUAUGAUAACCUCUCUCAAUCCAUCAUGGCUUCAAUUCAGGAGAGGAAGGAGAUGGAAGUACGGGAGAAGCUGCUGCACUCUCAUACGGAUUCUGUUUUUGCAGACUCUGGGGUCUAUGAUACUCCAAGCACAUACAGCCUGCAGCAGGUCAGCUCUCUCUCUGAGAACCCCCGUCCAGGACGGUAUGGGUCCAAAGACAAUCUGCUAGCUGGAGCGCCCAGCUUCAACUCCAGGAACCCUGUACUUCAGUCUUCUGUAUCGUCACUUUCAAGUGCAGUCUCCCGAGCCCCUAGGACUUCCACCACCUCCUUGCAGGCUGACCUGGCCAAUAACAAUAUCCAGAGUCACCAGCCUUUGCAGGCUAGAGUGAGCAAUGGAUCUUAUAAGUCCCCUGGUCACCAGGCCCCUUCAUCACCUUCUGGUAUACCCAGAUCACCUUCUUAUGGGGGAGCAAAAGCUGUCACAUUUCUCAACACUAUGGAGUUUGGGGAAGGCAUGUCUAUGUCAAUUCAGAGGGAGGAUUUGCAGGUGAAACCACCUCACGGUAAAGUAAAUGGACAACCAAAGGGUUUAGCAAGGGCUGAAUGUCGACUUGGAUCCACUUCUAGCUCCCAAGGCAUCACAGUCAGUCCCUCCAGACAUUCAAAUGUUAAGAAGGUCUCUGGUGUGGGAGGCACAACAUAUGAGAUAUCUGUGUGAGAGACACAACCUAAUACCUAGGGCACUGUAAGGACUGCAGGCAAUGAACUAACAUAAAAAAACAAAUUUCAUUCUGCUGGCCCCUUUGGUCAGUAUGCUGGAACAUUGAUAACACAGGAACUCUAUGGUCGGAUGUACAAAAGGAUAGCUACACACACAAAUAUUAAGCCAUUGUAUGUGUGUCUGUCCAAACUACGAAGACAUUAUUUUAAAAAGUUGUGACGUGAGAGCAAUGGAACAGCUCUUUUAUUAUUAAUUUUUUUUUAAAUUCUUUUUCAUUUUGGUUGGGAAGUUGCAGUGUGUGCGUGUGAGGGAUGGGCACCAUGUCGCACUGAAUACUGGAGAAAAUAAAUGGGCAGGAUCUUUGGUUCAAGUUAGAAGAGGAAAACUGCCACCUUUUGUCAUAAUCCCAGCCCUGGACCUGCCCUCCCUGUGUGCGAUUUGUAUGUUGCUCCUCCCUACCUUUGUGCAGUGUGACCCCCAUUUAGUCUGUGUGCAUGUGUAUUUGCCAGAUAAAACCUAGAAGGUUUACAACUGUGUCUAAAAGUCACAUCAGUUGUUUGCACCUGAGAAGUGCCUACACUAGGAAUGUGCAACCUCGGGCUCUCUGGAAUUUGUCAAAUCAUACCUGCCGACUGAUAAAAAAGUUUGGAGUUUCAGUGCAACAAUAUUUAGAGGGUUGCCAUUUCCUCAUACCUGGGCCAACCGCUUAUAACAAAAAAAAAAUCACAUUGUGAUUAUCUCAGGAGAGAAUAAACCCUUCUAGAAUGGAUACCUGUAAAAAUAACAGAGCCAAGGAAAUCUGUUCAGAACAUUGUAGAUCAGGUGUGUGUUUGAGCUGGUGCUCGCAAGCUUCUCCCAUCAUCCUUCAGCUGCUGGUAGGGCAGGGGUGGGACAUCCCUGAUAAAGGGAGUAUAGAUAAGUUGUGUUCUCUAUGAGAUGGUUUUGGGUUGACUUUAUAUUUAAAUGCUUUACCACAGAAAAUAUACAGACAGGAAUUGCAGUAAAACCACUUCUGUUCCUCUCUUGGUGGGACAAUAGUAUUUUUUUAUUUUUUAUUUUACAUUUCAUCUUCAUUUUUUACAUGCCAUUUUUACAUAUUCAUUUCUACAUAUACCGAAGAAAGCAUUUGCCUGUCAAGUAAACCAAUUGCUCAGUAACAAGAGUAAGUGAUCUUAAAGAGAUACAGACGCCAGAAAAUAACCUUUUUUAUAUCCAUCAUAACAUUAUCUUUGAAUGCUAUUUAUAAUUUAUCCAUAAAAGUAUUUGCCUGAUGCUUAUACAUUACCUUUCUUACCCCCAUGUUCCUCUAUGAGGGGGCUGCCAUAUUUGUGCAGCAGUAGUCAGUUAGCAUUAGAAACUCUAACUGAGAUUGUAAUGGGACAGUCAGGUUGGCAAAACAGUCAAGUUUAGGAACAUCAAGUAAUAAUUACUUACAAAAGCAGAACUCUCGGCAAACAACGAUCAACAUGACCUAUAUGUAACUUUUAAUGUAGAUUAAUAUUUUGAAAAGAAAAUGUCAGUAUCACUUUAAAUCAGGAUCCAAAGAUAAGGCAUAUGCCACACUGGGAAGUUAGAUUAGUUAGUUGGCUAUAAAUCAGGUCAUUGUCUCCUGGGGGGAAUAGAUUGUUGUUGCAUUGGGGGAAACAAUCCAAUCUGUCAGGCAAUUAUAGGAAGGAGCUGCUUAUUUUGCAGUGUCACAUUAGGCUGUGUAACAGUUUGCAAUGGUUUCCCAUUUUGAGCUGUUGAAAUCCCAUUUCUACAAUAAAACAAUUGCCUAUAUGAUUCCCAUUGACAGUUGAGGGGAUCAUGACAUGCAUGUUCUCCUUUUUUAAGAUUAUAUUGUGAUUAGGGUUAAAAUGUCUGUAAAUUGCUACGUGGGUCAUAAGCCAAAGUUGUGAACCAGUGCAACAUUAUUGGGCAGAUUUAUCAAAGGUCGAAUUGAUGUGAUUUUGUUUUGCUCUAAUAAAUUUGAAUAUACUCGCAUUCUUAUUUAAGAAAAAAAAUUUGGUUCCGACCAGAAAAUUUGAAUCCUAUUCCAUUCGUAUUUGAAUAGAAAUUAAAACUUGAAAUUAAACUCGAAUCUCAGGAAGGCAAUUAACAUACUCACAUGGUUCAACGGACCUCUGCCAUUGACUUGUCACUGAACUAGGCAGGAACUGUUUCCGCAUUCGAGGUGUGAUUCAAAUUGGGGGAUUAAAAUUUGAAUGUGUGAAUUUUGACACCAAAAAAACUAUUCAAAAAUUCGAAUUCAUUAUGUGACCCUUAAUAAAUCUGCCCCUAAAUAUUUUUUCUGCCAUUAAAUGCACCUCUAAAUCUGGUAAGGAUAUAAAACUAAACCAUAAAUUUAAAAAGACAUAUCUAACUAGUAACAUGGAAAACGACUCCUGAAAUGCCCUGUAGUUUUGCUGAGUGUGACCAUACUGUAGUAUGCACUUCUAUACAAAACUAUAAAUAUAUUGCUAUGCUGUGGGCUGUAAAAUCUUUGGGACACCCAAGUGACUUAACAGAUGUAAUUUAAAAGAGUAAAAUCUAUUCUGUAUGAAUAGAAAACAAAUAGGGGUAGGCCAUAGUGAACACAAGAAAUAUAGGGUAAAACUAGUGAGUGCAGUGCAACAGAUGUUCUGGUUAUAGAAAUGACUUUAUAAGGGGGAAGAAAUGUUAAUACUAUUUAAACUGCUGCUGUGUCUAAAUGUAACCUCAAUAUUGCAUAGAACUCUCUCGGCGUAGCCUCUGCUCUGUGAAUGUGUCCUCUUCUUUGUUACAUGAAUGGGCAAAUAUGGCUGGUAAAUGCAAUGUGCAAGAUAAGGGAUUGUUUUGUAUGUAGAACUUUCAGGCAGGUUGUGUGACCCCAACAGCAACAAAAAUCAUCAAUGUUACAGCUUUAAAUAUUUUUUUUCUUUUAAGUUGAGUAUUAAAUCCUAUUUUCCAAUGCCUGCUGAGAUCAAGCUGCUCACUAUGGCAACUUCUUGUUUGGUUUCCCUUCCUAUAAGUGAUAAAUAAUGAAUGUAAAAUAACAUAGUCUGUCUCUUCUACUCUGCAUUUUAAGCCAAGUCCAAGAGUUAUUGGGACUCAUUGGUGCUGCGAUUGUUUUCUGCUAUGGUGGCAGACAUAGGUAACGUAUCUCUCACCCCAUGUCACCUGUAUGUCACCUGUAUGGGGUCAUAUAGACCUGCAGGAGUGGUUGGCGUACACAAACCCUGCAAAGGUGAAGAACCUUAUGCUUUCACAGUGGCUGCACCUCCCUUCCUCUGUUGAUAUCUUAACUGCACAGUGGGAGAAGAAAUGGCAGAUGUCCCCAUGAAAGAUCUGAGCAAAUGCAUUACCCAGCCAGUAUCAUUAUAUAACAUUAACUGGGGUAGCAGAUAUAUCUUAACCCUCUCCCCCACUUUCUCCACGGUAAAACUCUGUUGAUAUCAAUGCCUAUGUCCUAUACAAAAUUGUAGCAUUGAACACUCCUUUUCAAAAUAAAGGCUUUUUUUUUUUAAUUUUUUUGCCAGAAGCAAAUGUCCUGGCAGUUGAGCACACAAAGGUAUUUUUGUUUCUUCUGCUGAACAACAGUGAAAGUGGAGUACACCACAGGCAGGGGCAAUGAUCCUCAUGCAGACAGUCUCAUACACUGCAGUUGUUAUUCUAAAGAACAGGGAUGUGCCUGUGGGCUGCUAAUGGAAUGAUGUUCUAAGAGCCAUCUGGUCAUUAUUGUGAGAGAAUGAAAACAGAGACCGUUCCUGCUCAGGCAGAACUGAAAUUUUACCCAAAUAUGUCCCGUUGUGCAAAGGAAAUGCACUAACAUUAGGAGCGUUGCAAAAUUCCCUUCCACACCAUUGCAACGUGUACCGUAUCAUUUCUCUACUCUUACUUUUUUUUUAAACCCAUUUACUACAUGGGCAGUUGAGAACACAAGCUCCGAUGCAUUGGAUUUUUAGAUACAGAUACAGAGGUGAU